UUGGACCGCGUUUUGACUGUGGAAAGGCUGUCGGAAAAAUCCAAAACCAUGUUCAAAAAACUGUUUGAAAAACUGGAUAGGUCCUACUUCCCACCUGUACGGACCAGUAUCUCAGCUAUUAGGAGAAAGUAUUCCUCUGCUCAAGAGAGACAGUACACACCAUGGAGCACCCUGUGGUAUUACCUGUGUGACCAUGAAGAGGACAUGAGGAAGUGGGAUGGAAAACCUACCUUGACGCUAAAGGCAGGGGCGGAGAUGUUGACAGUAGAAGGCAAACCCCACGGAGAACCACCUUCUCCUCCCAACGCAUCACCAGUAAGCUUCUCGAGUCGGAGCUCGGUGCGCUCCGUGGGGGAGCGAAACCACCCCGCUUUCGGCCGCGUUUGCAACUUCAUGUCUCAUGAAAAGUGCCUCAAGAAUGUCAAGAUACCAUGCUCAUGUAUUGCUCCCAGCCUUGUAAGGGUUCCAGUUGCACACUGUUUUGGGCCUCCAGGACAUUACAAAAGAAAGUUUUGCACUGUGUGCAGAAAGUCACUAGAGUCACCUGCCUUUCGAUGUGAAGUUUGUGAGCUGCAUGUGCACACAGACUGUAUCCUGUUUGCUUGCAGUGACUGCCGGCAGUGUCACCAGGAUGGGCACCAGGACCACGAUACUUAUCACCACCACUGGAGGGAGGGAAACCUUUCUUCAAGUGCUCGUUGCGAAGUUUGCAAAAAAACCUGUGGCUCUUCGGAGGUGCUUUCUGGCAUGAGAUGUGAAUGGUGUGGCAUCCUGGCUCAUGCUGCUUGCUACGUAAUUGUCACACCAGAAUGUACUUUUGGAAGAUUAAGGAAUAUGAUUCUUCCUCCAAGCUGUGUGCAGUUAUUUUCUCGCAACUUCAGCAAACUACAUUGUUUUCGAAUAUCAGAAAAUUUGCAAACAGAAUCAGAUGAAGAUGAUGAUGUUGAUGGGUCAACACAGGGAUCAGCAAAAGAUGUCCAAAUUUCGACAGAUUCAAGUAAACAAACAUUAAAGAUAUUUGAUGGGAAUGAUGCAGUGAAACGCAAUCAAUUUCGACUGAUUUCAGUUCCAAGGAUUGCAAAAAAUGAAGAAGUUGUGGUAAGAUACCUGGUGAAGUACUACUUGCCGUUCAAGUACGUUUUGCUGACCUUUACACAGCAGGCACUGUUGUCCGAUGAUGUUAUCAACAGGAACGAUGCUGCAGAGGACAGCAACUUGGGCGCGGUAUUCCGAGAAUCUGUUCCUGAAGCUUGGAUCAUCAGAGCCAGACCAAAGGACAAGGAAGUGAUCAGAAUUUAUCCUGCCUGGCUGAAAGUGGGAAUGGCAUAUGUUUCUCUACGCGUAAAUAAGGAUAGCACUGCGCAGACUGUGAUCAAAGAAGUGCUUCCGUUACUUGGAAGGCAGACGGAGAGCCUCCAGAAUUUCAAAUUGGUGGAAGUGCUCAUGGGCAGUAAGCAAGUUCAGCGCAUGGUCUUGGACAAUCAGGAACUGAUUCUUAACAGACUGAAGGACAUAAGAAAGACUUCAAUACGUCAGAUGAAUCAAACAAGAUUUUACAUUGUAGAAAACAGUAAAUCUAUUGUAAGAGUAAAUUUAUUUGUCGGUGGCCUCCCACCUCAGCUUUCCCCUGAAGAAUACACAAACAUUCUCAAGGAUGAAUUAGCUGUCAAAACGAAUGUAGUAUCUGUGAGUCAUGUUUAUCAAGCACAAGGUGCUAUUGUACUCGAAAUUUCAUGCUUUUCUGAAGCUGAAAGAAUAUAUAUGCUAGUUAAAGAUACAACUGUCAAUGACAAGCCUCUGAAUGCCGUGGUGAUUCCUGAAGUUAUGGCGUCCAAGAUACCACAGAACUGCUGCCCACUUCUUGUAUUUGUCAAUCCAAAAAGUGGUGGUCUAAAAGGUCGGGAUCUACUGUACAGUUUUAGAAAGCUGCUAAACCCACAUCAGGUCUUUGAACUUACCAAUGGUGGCCCACUGCCUGGGUUUCACACGUUCUCUAAAGUCCCCUCCUUCCGAGUGCUGGUGUGCGGAGGGGACGGCACUGUCGGCUGGGUCCUUGGCGCGCUGGAGGAGAUCAGGCAUAAGCUGGUGUGCUCAGAACCCUCAGUUGCCAUCUUACCUUUAGGAACAGGUAACGACCUAGGGAGGGUCUUGCGCUGGGGAGCUGGCUACAGUGGGGAGGACCCCUACUCGAUUUUGGUUUCUGUGGAUGAGGCAGAUGACGUUCUUAUGGAUCGCUGGACUAUCCUUUUGGAUGCAGAAGAGCCAGCUGAAGGUGCAGAGAAUGGCAUUGCAGACCCUGAGCCUCCAAAGAUUGUACAGAUGAACAAUUACUGUGGUCUUGGCAUUGACGCAGAGUUGAGCUUGGACUUUCAUCAUGCUAGAGAAGAAGAACCAGGGAAAUUUAAUAGCAGGUUUCACAACAAAGGAGUUUACGUGAAAGUUGGGCUACAGAAGAUAAGUCAUACCAGAAAUCUUCACAAAGACAUAAAGCUUCAAGUGGACCAGCACGAGGUGGAGUUACCAAGUAUAGAAGGACUCAUUUUUAUUAAUAUACCCAGCUGGGGGUCCGGAGCCGAUCUUUGGGGGUCCGAGAGUGAUAACCGCUUUGAGAAACCGCGCAUUGAUGACGGCCUGCUGGAGGUUGUUGGUGUGACCGGCGUCGUUCACAUGGGUCAAGUCCAAGGUGGUUUUCGAUCAGGAAUCCGCAUAGCCCAAGGCUCAUAUUUUCGUGUAACACUCCUAAAGCCAAUUCCAGUUCAAGUUGAUGGAGAGCCCUGGAUUCAGGCCCCUGGCCAGAUUAUUAUUUCUGCUGCAGGACCAAAGGUCCAUAUGUUGAAAAAAUCCAAGCAGAAACAGAAAAAAACUGGAAGCCUGAGAGAGAUGAGAGUGGAUAGCAUGUCAGUCUCUGAAGGAGGACGCUGAGGGGAGACCUGUGCUCCGAAGUGAUGCAGCACACCUACUGUAAAUACCAAGAUGGUUCAGUAAAAUUGAGUGCAGACAACUAGUGAAGAGCGUUGCUUAUAAGCGUGCCUUUCAUUACAUUUUGAUAGUACUGGGUUCUACUUCGUCUUUCAAAGAUAGUGCCUCAUUGUUAGAAGUAACUAUUACGUACCACUUGUCUCAUCUGAAAGUUUACUUUGGGUUGCUUUUACAUAAGCCAUUUCCCAGUUUUUCACAUAUAUAGCAACUGAGGCCAAACAGAAAUUCCAAGAUGCUGAGAUUUCUGCAUCUACCUUCACAAAGAUUCUUCACCUCCUCCCAGCUUUUUCUUAAAGAAAAUCAUCCCAUAGAUAAAUUUUGGUGCAUUGUUCC